GAUGUCGGAAGCUUCGGAUCCAUUCUGCGUGGGUAUUGUUUGUAACGAGUACCAUCGAACGUCAGCGAACUGAUUUGCGAUCGAUCAGUAGAUGGAAAUGCGCACGGGCAGUCUGACUUACUACACCCCUUCGGCCUUUCCAACCUCGCCGGCGCCGCGGCCGCUCCCAAGGCUCCAUUUUCCUAACUUAUAUCCUGCCAAGUACCUUAAGUACCUUCCCUUCCCACCCAAGAUGCAUCCGCAACUUUCAAUUUCAUUUCGAUCUGGAAAAGUUCGUAGCAUCGGCGCAAAACGGCCAGAGAUCUCUUCACUUGGUAUUCGGUUCGACAAGAUAUGACUUGUUGAAUACCCGGCUGCGCAAACGUCCAAACUUCAACGUAGACACUUCGACCUCGCUGAACCAUGAGGUCGACAACGAGAACAGUGCUGACGGCGCUCGCUGCCGUCGCAGUUGUAGGCACGCUUCCCACG